CGCCGUUUUGUUUUGAUAGUUGUGCUGUAUCACAGGUCGAAUCUUGUGUUAAAAAUUAUUUAUUUAUUUCUAUCAAAAAUCGUGAUAAUAAUGGAAGAGAAUUCUGUAAAAAGAAGAUCGGUGUACCGUAAAUGUGUUUUAUGCAAUAACACUGCCCGUGGGCUGAAAAGGAAAAAUCUUUCCGCACGGAGAUUCUUUAAAGUACCUCACAAUGAAAGUCUAAAAAAGAUGUGGGAAGAAGCUCUUUCAAUGCGUCUGAAUGACGUAAAUGCUAUAUGCGAAUUACAUUUUCGACAUGAAGAUAUUGAACUGAAUUAUGUAACUAAAAUGCCGGAUGGAAGUAUCCACAUAAUUCCGAGGCUAAAAGCAAAAUUAAAGCAAAAUGCUAUUCCCUCGAAGAAUAUAUUGUCCAACACGGAAAGACUUUCGAGUCUCAUGGAUGUAGAGAAUUUAGAUUUUGAAAAUCGUACCCAAUUUAUUGUUCUCAAGGAAAAUAAGACGGCAGAGAAUUCAGCACCUUUGGAGAAUCCAGUGUCAGUCAGGGAAAGUUCAGUUAAGCCGGAAUAUCUCUCACCUCAACGAAUCCAAACCACAAAUACUCUUGUGAAAAAAAAGGAUAUCGAUCUACUUUCUAACACGGAAAGAAUUUCGAACGCUGAGGAAAAAAAUACUUCGGAUCUUGAAAAUUCUUUCGAGUCUAUUGAUAUCGAAGAAGAUAAAUCCGAGGAUUAUUUAAUAACUUUGGAGAAUCCAGAGUCGAACACGGAAAUAAUGUCGAAGCAGAUAGAUGUGAAUAGUUUGGAUUUCGAAAAUCGUGUGGAAUUAGUUUGUAUCGGAGAAAAUAACGAGGCGGAGAAUUCGAUACCUUUGGAGAAUUCAUUGUGUAUAACAGACAAUACUGUUCAACUUAAAUCUUCUUCAAUUAAACGAAUACUGAAGAAAUACAGUAGUGUCAGAAAAAAGAAUAUCGUUCAUCAGAAGGAGGAGAAACCCGACAUUUAUACAUUCGAAAAUUUGCAAAAAGACAUGUUGAAAAAGUUACCUAAUAAUUGGAGUUCAUUAAAUUAUAACCGAUGCAGAGUACUUUUAGGACAAUGGAAUGAGUUGGGUUUAAGUUCUAAGAAAUUGGCUAUCGAUAAGGACAUGUCUUCAAAGGUUUACAUCAAUGAUGUAGAAAGGGAAUUGCCGGGAAUAAAAAAAGUCCAAUCCUUGCAAGACGUUGUUCACAAUCUAGUACAACUGGACUCGAUUAAGCCAUGCCUUGGACUGAAUGAAAAUACAAGACAUGAAAAAUGUCCGGGCUAUGUGGAAUUGUGUUCUAGAAGCGUAAGGUGCAUACCUUGUCGUUGGGAGCGCCGAAAAAUUAUCGAUCGAGAAACAACGAGAAUUAAGCGAGGAUGGCUUAAAAGGAGAGAGAAUAAAAUAGAGAAAACACGGCCGUUAAAAAAUAGAAAACUGAACAAAUAAACAGGAAGGAACCUAUUUUUUUCUUUCUACUUGAAAGUCAAGAUUUAUCGUGUUUUAUUGUUAAAACAAGUAUUUCAUGUCUCAAGAAUUGUAUAUUGUUAACACUUCGCACUUUGAAAUGAGAAGUAAAAUUAUAUAAGUUUUUUAAUCGGUUUGUUAUUUCUGUCUUUAGAAGCCGUCCACAUGCGUCACUUUACCCGACCUGUUGGAUUAUGCGGCGCGCACUAUUAAUUCAACCUGUUUGAGAAUUAACAAUAAAUUUUCUAGUAAACGCGCCAUUUAUGUAAAAUCAGAUAUCCACAUUAAUUUUCAGUUUUCAAAAUACAAUUAGAGGCAAUAUGUUGGUAGCA